GGUUAAUAUUUCAAGUUUUCGCAGUCACUUCAAAAUGUUCAAGUGGUACAGAUUAGCAAUUUCGUUGCACAUUAUUUUCACAGUUACCACGCUCAUUACGUUUUUAUUCUUCGUCUACAAACAGGAUUUGAGGUCUCAAGCAGUGGACGGACUUUUUUUAAAAGUGGAGGAACUGGAAGUGCUUUUGCAUGCAACAAAUACUGAGCUGGAAAAAGCGACCAAGAGUUUCAACAAUCUCAAAAUAAAAUCCCUUCAAAUCCUGUGCCCAAAAGCGUAUUCAAAAAAUUUGACGCUUUUGCCUGAUGGGGAAUUUUAUUACUUAGGCGAUGAGGAAUUUAAUUGGACGAGAUCCAAAGCAUUCUGCGAUGAAAAUGAUAUGGAACUUGUGAAUAUCAAGUCGGAAAAUGAAAUUACUAUGCUUUGGGCGGUGGCAAAGGAAAUCAGCUUGGACUGGUGGUGGGUUUCCGCCUCCAACGUAGGCAGACCCGGCGGACAAUAUGCUUGGUCUGAUGGUCGCGAAUUGCCAAACAACAGCAGUUGGUGGGACAAGGAGAACAACCAGCCAGAUUCUGUUCAAUCCAAAAAGGAGUUCUGUGUUGACUUUCGUGACGGAAAAUUGUAUGAUUACAAGUGCGAUAAAGAUCUGCACUUCAUUUGCAAGGUGAAGUCGAAAUGCAUGUAAUUAAAUUCAAAACCGGGUGGAAAAUCAUAUAAUAUGCACCAAAUUCUUCAGUAAAAGUAAUUUUAUUCAAUUUUAGAUCAUUUUAAACUGUGUAAUUUUAUAUUAAAAAUAAUAUAAAGUGUGUUCUUCUACUAAAAAAUUCAAUUUUUAUGUUUCUAGUAUUAUUCUCUCCUUUUAUAAAUUAUGUAAAAGAUAUAUUAAAACUGUAAUUUAUUCAA